CUUUCGCAGACAAGAUCCGUCCUCGAGCGCCAUCUGGUGGUAGCGGAUCGGGUGUUCACCAUGUCGGAUCUGAAAAACAUGUCCAACGAGUCGCUUAUCCUGCCAACGGUCGGACCAACAAAUCUACACAUCCGAGUGAAGGAGGAGGACCGGAUUGACGGCUUCGAUGAUCCAAACUCGCUACAGUCCGGAUUCUACAUCCAGUGGAAGAACACCGGCAAGUGGAUCCCCGUGUUCCGACCGGACGUUGAGUGUACGAACGGCAUUAUCCACGUGAUCGACGCCCCCCUUAUUCGGGACAACGAUAUCACGAACAGUGCCCCCAGCAGCAAAAAGGUCAGCUUCGAAACGACCAUGACACUGAUGAUGAUAAUGAUGAGCCUCCUACUGGGGGUCGUGACCGUGAGUCAGGAACUCUAAACAACUCGUCGCAUAGAUAGAGAGAAGCAUGUCUUUAGAUAUUCCCAUCAAAUCAUCCUCCAUCGAUACAUCAGAUAAAGAAUUUCAUCAAACACAUUUCCACCACGACGUUGUGGACUCCGCUGGAAGAUUCCUGGGACAGCGUGAUAAAUCAAAGAACAAGAAAAAACUAGCAGCAUCUCAUUCCGGAAACAAGACGACGAAGGAAUUGUUUUUUUAGUUGGAUACACAAAGCCACACAUCCAUGAAGGAAAAUCACAAAGGGAAAUAUUAUUUUAUAUCGUAUUCAUGACGUACUCUCCGGCUCUCAACGUGGCUCAAAACAGAGGAAUGUCGGAGGAAUGAAGAGAAAAACAAGCAUUUGGGCCCCCACUUCUCGGGAUCUCUAUUUUCGCAGCAGUUUCUGGAGACUGGAUUUAGUUUAUUUUAUUUUAUCUCAUCACGUCCACUAGAGGAUUCUUCCGGAAAAAAAUUCUUUUGUAAUUAGGACGAGUGUUUUUUUUUCCGUUAGCUCCUGGCCACGGUUUUAUAGGACCGGGAAAAAAUGCUCGGUUAAAUUUAUUGCCAGAGGGGCUAAGCUGGAUUUUAUUUUAAAUCUUUUCAUUUGCGAAUCUCGCUGGCAGACCGGAAUAAUAUGAUUAACAAAAUACUGCCGAUAAUUGAAGUAUUGAAACAUAAAACAGAUGAUCAAAAAGAAUAAUUUCCAAUAGAGAGAUAGAAUCGAAGUUCGAAUAAUAAAUGGGAAAAGGAAGUUUGGAAGGAAGAGCGUAUCCAUUUCAAAUCACAUCACACCACAGGAUCUGAUUUCUCGGCAUUGAAUACACUCAGCGAAACAAAAAUAACACCACUUAGUUUUUUUUCGUUUUAAAAGCUGUCGGAUUGACCACAAUUUUUAAGAUUCUUUCCAACAUGAUUAAAAAAUCAUUAGCGUUGAAUCCACGAUAAAUUCAGUUUAUUUUGUAGGACCGUUUGAAUUUUAGCCACUGAAAGCUAAAGAAAAGUAUGCGAAAUAAAAAUAGCACCAUUUCUUUUUAUUGCAAUAAUCAAAUUUUAUUUCUCAAAUUACAUUAAGGGCAUCCGCACCAAUGCGUUACUAUUGAAGGUUUCUAGUCUCGAGUUUUAGCCGUUGCCAAUUUAUUAACUCGUCGAUUUGCGCACCCGUCGUUGCUAUCGCGGUUGCUAUAGUAUCACUUCUUUUUCGCACCGCAGGUUGCUAAAUACGAUUGCUAUUACUAGAAGAAAUGACAAGUGUCAGUUAAUUCUCUUUUCGUCGCGUUCAUUUUUUGGUAGAUAAUAUACGCUUCCGAAAUAAUAUUUCAGAGCAAAAUCACAAAAAAACGAACACAAGACGAAUGAAACCCACAACAGAUGUUUGACGUUUGUUGAAAAUAGCAACACUUGGCUAGGUUGCUAUCGCGUUGCCAAAUUUGUUAACUCACUAUUCACCGAGUCAACCGUCAACCGUGAUUUCAUGGACAAAAUCAGCUUCUCAAUGGUAUUCUGAUCGAUUUGCUGUCAAUACUCUCGAAUUCGACAUUUGAUCAUGUUCACGUUGUCAAAUUGCUUGCCAUUCUCGUAAACACGGCGCGCGAGUAUAGACCAAAGGUUUUCGAUGGGGUUCAAAUCCGGAGAACAGACUGGCCAAUCAAGAACUUCGAUAUUUCUAUCAGAAAACCACGCUUUUGUCAGUUUUGAGUUGUGGAUUGCAGCAUUGUCUUGCUGGAGAACAAAAUCAGGACCCAUCAAUGCCUCACCAUGUUCAAUCAAACUUAUCUCCAGCAUUUCUACGUAUUCUUCAGACUUCAAUUUUGUCGUUAUCCGCGCCAAGGGAAGUUUUCCGUUGAAGGAAAAUACACCCCAAACCAUUAGUGAUCCUCCGCCAAAGUUCCUGCUCAUCUUAACUUCCGGAGCUUUGCGUAAAUCGUGCCAGUUGUACUAGCAGCCAACUGGUCCAUCAGGGUUGAACUUUGUUUUUCAUCCGAAAAGAGCACGAUGUUCCCUUCCUCGGUCCAGGAAAUGUACUUCGUAGCGAAUUCGAAGCGAUUCAAUCUAUGGCGUUCCAUCAAGUUGGGUUUUCCGAGCCUUUUACGCCACUCCAAGGUCCCACUAUUGGACAAAACUUGUUGAACGCGAUGUGUAAUAACCGGAAGCUUCAAUUCCGCACGGAUUUGAGAUGCUGUUCUUUUCUGGCUCACUGCAUACCAUAACACCAUAACAAACACCUGUCAAAUGAGGACCAGGGUGAAUUCAUUACAGGGUGGUACUAUUUAUAUUUCGCACUGAUUUUUUGGAAAUGUUGGAAUUAAAUGUAAACAGUCAACAGAAUAGCCAUCAUAAUGUUGGCAAAAGAUGAUAAACAGGACAAAAGGAAGCUGUGAUGCAAAAUCAGAUAUUUAUACAGGAAAUUUUGAAUGAAAUCGCCAAAAAACUCAGUGGUGUUAUUUUUAUUUCGCUCAGUGUACAAGCGAAAACGAAGCGUUUGUUUGUGACGAAAAUAUGGUGUUUUUUUCAAUUAUAUUUCUCUGUGGAAAUACCUUCAUGAAGCUCGUGAAAAGAAAAACGAAAAGUGUUUUUCCGGCAAGGGCAAUCUGUCUGCUUCCCACACACACACAGAGAAGAAACCUGAGACUUAUCGGAGAAUCUGAACGGUUCGAUCGACAAACUGCUGGCAAAUGAAUGCCGAAUUUCCGUUCCGUUCCCCACCUUUCCCCACAGACCGAAUUAAUUCUCAAUCGUUAGUGGCUUUUUUCCAUCCACCCCAUCACCCCCUCGUGUGUGUACGUUAAACAACAAUCGUCUCUUUCGCAUUCGCUCUCUAUCUAGAGUUAGUGUAGAACAUAGCAAAAUUAAUUCAACCUCAAUCAGUUGGCGUGCCUUAUCGGAAGAAUAAUAAAUUAGUACACAAUUAAACAAAACUCUCCCUCCUCGCCCCAUUUCUACAUUAGAAGAAUACUGUGUCGUUUCGCGCGUUCAUUUGCCAGCAGACUAAUUUAUGUUUGAAAUGAAAACAUUGAAGUUAAUGAAUAAACUAAAACAAAAAAAAACUAUGGAAUGUGACAAAUUAUUUAUAGUAAUGUUUGAGUACACUUAUAUUGCCUUUUUCAUAUAAAGCGAAAGAUUUAAAUAAAAAAGAAGGAAUUAUUCAUAGUUUAUCAUUGCGAAGUGAAAAAGUUUAGCAUUAACAUUAUUAACAAAUGAUAAGAUUGAUGAUGUAAGUAUUUUUAGGUAUACCCUACGCAGGGAAGUCUAACCUCUUUCUCUCACUCUCAGAUUGAUUGAUCGAUCAGCUGAUGAUUGAUAUUAAAUUUUACUCUCUACGUUGUGAGAUCUGUGUAAUUGUUUGUGGUAGAUUCUGUGAGAUAUUAACUUUCUCCUUAUAAAAAGAGCUCUAUAUAUAUUUUAAAGACAUACCCAAAAAAAAAACGCAACGUAGUGCUCAGUAAAGUACUACUUUUUACUAUAAAUUAUACCAAAAAAAUACAGGAGAAUGAUCUUCGUGUAGAGUAUAGAAACGCGCCGUGUAGCAUUCGUCAGCUAAUCCCCCCGAUUUUCCAAAACACUUAUUUUUCGAAUGUCAGUAGCGAAAUAUCAAAAGCUCGGGUUUGGUUUCCCCCUCAUUUCAUCACAAUAAAACGAAACUAAAGAGGUGGGUGGCAGUUAGUUAAAAGGUAGAUAAAAACAACCAAACAAUCCCCCUCCAUAACUCCAACAACGGAUCAUCAAUUUCCUAGUUCGAAUAGUAGCAUUGUAACACGUUUUAGAUAAUCAAAAAAAUAAACAAAUAAACCAAGACAUAGGGACAAACAAAACUGAGGAAUUUCUCGAAUAAAAGGAGUUGUUAUGAGCGGGUGGAAUUUGAAAAAAAAAACUUGUCUCGAGAGAACGAUCGUGUUAACCCUAACGCUAAGUCUAAGAACCCAAAAAGCAAACAAACAAACAAAUCCGAUGUAAAAAUUGCAAGCAAGUCGUUAUACAGGAAACUAGGGAGAGAUAGAUGUGUGGAGAACUGAAAUAAUACCAACCAGACUAUUUGGAGAAUCAAAUGAAACGAUAAUAAACUCUAUUCAUAACGCUGAGAUUGAUAUAUGGAAAAUCGAA